AUGAACACCCAAAGGGGUUCCCUCCCCAUAAACGUCCACAGAGGUUCCCUCGCCAUGAGCAUCCAAAGGGGUUCCCUCGUCCCCCGGGAUAUGGAUAGCUCGGGGAGAGACAUGCAGCUGCGGGUGAUCCCGGCUGAGGUGAAGUUCCUGGACACGGUGGCCGGGAGGGUGUACUGCCUCCCGAUUACUGUGCAUAAUCUUUCCCGCUGGAACCAGAAAAUCCGAUUUAAGGAGCCCAUCAAGCCACAGUUCAAACUGAUGUUGACAAGUCUGGAUAAAGAACUUGCUUCUGGCCUUCAGAUGACAGCUAUGGUGGAAUAUCAUCCUGAUAAAAACGAAGACACUUUUGACCGACUACUUAUUUCAAUAGAAAAUAAAACAACAGAAAUUCCUCUAAUUGGGUUGAUUCCAUCCUGUCAAUUGGAAAUUGAAUCAGUAGUUAAUUUUGGCGCAUUGGUUGCCAAUAGUAAAGUAUAUUCUAAAGAGAUUACUAUCACUAACCAUGGCAAAGCUCCAGGCAUAUUUAAGGCAGAAUACCACGGCCAGUUACCCAUCCUCAUUUUUCCAACUAGUGGUAUUGUGGAUGCUAAGUCAUCAAUGGUUAUUAAAGUAGAUUUCUGUGCAGACCAGCCAAGAAUUGUAGAUGAAGAGGCAAAAGUGAUUUUGCAGGGUCAACCUGAGAUGCUCUUGAGUAUCAAAGCUCAUGUGGUUGAGCAGAUUAUUGAAUUAUUAAACAUGAGUAGUGACAGAAGGCUGGAAUGCAUACACUUUGGUCCUGUUUUCUUCGGAUCGUCAAAAAUUAAACAUGCACGUAUAUGUAAUAAUAGCCCAGAGCCCAUAAAUUGGGUGGCCAUAAUGCAAGAUGAUGCCGUGGGAGAAGAAUUGGGUACAGAUAUUCGACAAAGAACAGAUAUUGCUUUAAAUAAUCUCACCUACAUAAGAAAAAUAAACAACAUGGAUACUACUCUCAUUAUCUCCUGUCUUCCUAAUGAAGGGACUUUACAACCUUAUCAAAAGACUGUAAUUACAUUUUGUUUCACCCCAAAGCUAAUGGCUGAUAGUAAAAAGGAUAUUGGACCUUCAUACAGGCAGGACUAUGCUCUCUUUUUGAGAUUUGAGUCCGUAGGAAGUAAAGAUGGAUUUUUGAGAGAUGAUGACUAUAAAACCAUCAAAAGUGAACGAUUUCAGAAAAUGGAAUUAGCACUGACGGGCACAGGACUUCCUGUGUUACUACAGUUUGAUCCAGGACCAGUUCUUAAUUUUAAACCUUGUUUCAUGGGUGAACGUUCAGAAAUUCAUCAUGUUAUAAAAAAUCAGUGCGAAUUACUUCCUGUGAUGUACAACUUUAAAAAAAACUGCAAAUUUGAAAUUGAUCCUGUAAAGGGCGAGAUUAACGGAGGGGGUAUGGUGCCCUCUACAUUUAUGAAUUUUUCCAACACUAAUAAUUUUCAAAUUAGUAAAAAUGUGAAUGUAAGAAGUAUAGUAGACACUGGAGAAGUGUGGCCUGCACAGACUGGUCAAAUGGCCUUUGACUAUUUAGAAGUGUGA